AUGAUUGGAUUGAUAGUAUUUAAUAUACUGCUAUUGAUUGGUACAGUUUUUGCCGAUAGUUUCUCAUCCCUUGCAUCAUUAAACGCAUUAAUUGGAGCUGAGAGGGAUAUUCCAGUAAUGAUUAAUGAUUAUGUGGAAAAAGAAUUAGAAAGACUUGAUUAUCUAAGGAAGUUCGCUGAAGAAGUAGAAGAACAUAAUAAUAAAGCUAUACGAGAUGGUACGGAAGCAAUAUUAAAUCCGAUCAAUGCGUUCCUGUUAAUUAAAGAGAUGAAAAUGGAUUGGGACAAAGCAACAAAAAUUAUGCGAGCCAAUUCCGCUGAUGAUUUCAUUCACAACGUGACUCUUCAACGGAUUAAUAAGCGUAUAAAAUAUCCGACAGAGACAGAUUUGGAAGGUGCAGUAGAUGGUUUGUUACGUUUGCAAGAUUUGUAUCAAAUGGAUACCAAAGAUAUGGCUGAAGGGAAAAUUCUAAAUUCUGAAAUGCAAACCGUUGCCCUGACUGCUGGAGAUUGUUUUGAAAUUGGUCGCGCAGCAUACAAUUUGAAGGACUAUUAUCAUACCAUUCUGUGGAUGCAAGAAGCGCAAGAACGUGUUCAGAAUGAGAGUAAGCCAACAGUAGAUACGGAAGAUAUUCUUGAAUACUUGGCCUUCGCACUCUACAAACAGGGUAAUCUGAAACGAGCCUUAUUACUUACGGAUGAAUUAUAUCGCAUGAAUCCGAAUCAUCCACGAGCAAGAAAUAACAUAAUAAAAUAUGAAGAAUUACUGGGAGAUGAGGGAGUUCAGCCUGUUGAUAUGCGACGAAAAAUUCCAUCAAUAAAUAAUCCGCGUCAUAAAAGUAUGAUGGAAAAACGCGAAAAGAAUGCAUAUGAAGCGUUAUGUCGACAUGAAGUACCCGUCAGUACAAAGAAACAGUCGCUAUUGUAUUGUUACUAUAAAAUGGAUCAUCCAUAUUUACGUUUGGCACCAUUUAAAGUAGAAAUUGCUCAGCAAAAUCCAUUAGCUGUACUGUUCCAUAAUUUUAUAUCGAAUGAAGAAUCACGAAUUCUCGAAUUGCUUGCAACGCCUAAGUUAUACCGGGCCACAGUUCAUAAUCCUGCAACUGGACGACUUGAAACAGCUAGCUAUCGUAUUAGUAAAAGUGGUUGGUUGAAAUCAUCGGAACAUGAAGUUGUUAACCGCAUCGAUAAACGUCUUACUUUGGCAACAAAUCUCAAUACAGAAACUGCAGAGGAACUUCAGAAGAAAGAAGGUGCCUUCGAAGGCUUGGGAACUGGAAAUCGAAUAGCUACGGCUUUGAUUUAUAUGACUGAACCGGAAAUCGGUGGUAGAACAGUAUUCAUCAACUCGAAAACAUCAAUACCAUGCACUAAGAAUGCAGCACUGUUUUGGUAUAAUUUGAUGCGCGACGGUGCGGCAGAUAUGCGCUCUCUGCAUGCUGCAUGUCCGGUAUUAACGGGGAUUAAAUGGACAGCGAAUAAAUGGUUUCAUGAAAGAGGUCAAGAAUGGAAUCGACCGUGUGGUUUGCACAAAUACGUUCGGGAGAGAUAUGUUGGUGACUUAGGAGCUCCCGAACCGAAAUAUCAGUUAAAUAUUAGAUCGAAAGCUAAGAAAUCCAAGAAAAUGAAAAGAAAACACUGA